AUGGAUGAUGAAUAUGACUAUAAACUAGCUGGCUUACAUCGAGUUUCAGACGAACUCGAUCGAGCACAAAUCAGCACAUUCACCAAGUGGAUCAAUUAUCAUCUGGAAACAUAUCUUAUGCUCGACGAGCAUCCGCAAUAUAUUAAAGUUGUCUUGCGAGCUAAUCUGAGACAAGAAUUUUCAAAUUUAGUAUCAAUAAAUACUCGUAGUAGUGUUAUCGGCAAUAAUCACAGUUCAUCAGACUUGUUGGUGAAAGAUUUGUUCGAGGAUCUCAAAGAUGGUGUUUUGCUUUGCCAUCUUAUCGAAGUUCUUACUGGUGAAAUAUUGCCGAUUAACAAAAGAAAAGAGUUGAAACGUGUGCAUCAUAUAAGCAAUUUAACAACAGCUUUAGGAGCUUUGCGACGCCGUGGCCUUGACUUGGUUAAUAAUAACCCAGCUGAUAUAGCUGAUGGAAACCCCCGUAUAAUCUGUGGACUUAUAUGGCAGAUGAUUCUUCAUUUCCAGAUCGAGAAUAAUGUUCAGCUUCUAAGAGAGUGGGGAUUCGAACUAAAUUUUGCUGGAAGCCCGUCAACAUCAAAAGUCGAUGGUGGAGGCAGUCCCCUCAGCAAAUUAAGAGUUGGUCGUCUGAAAGCACCCGUUGAUCGUGUGGUAUUGCGAUGGGUGAAUGCACAACUUGCUGGGCCUUAUAACAUCAAACUAGCUGACAUGGAUAAAAGUUGGUGUGAUGGAAUUGCUUUUAAUGCUUUAAUACAUCGUGUAAGACCUGAAUUGGUUGACAUGGGCUUAGUUCGUCGAAAUUCACCAAAAGAUAAUCUUGAACAGGCUUUUCGAUUAUCUAAAGAAUACUUGCAUAUACGACCAUUGUUAAAUGUAGAGGAUAUGCUUUGUGAGAAACCAGACAAACGUUCAGUGAUCACAUACGUAUCUCAGUUUAUUCGCACGAUCAAAUAUCUGCAACCAAUUACAACUAGUCCAUCACUAGAAAGUCAUUCACUGAUUGCUUGGAUAGAAGUUGCUCUAAAUACUUUAAGAUCUUUUCAUGGGCCACUUUAUGAACGGUAUCAGACUUAUGCAUUUUUACGACAGCAAUAUUUUGAGCAUCAAAGUGUAUAUUUUUCGAUUCGAGAACACGCGGAUACACUUCCAAGAGACGAAUGGAAUCGGAUUGAAAUAGAUUGGAAGAAGAUUGAAGAUCUUUUGUCAGAGUGGAAUAACAGUUUGAAAACUGAAAUGCCUAAGAAGUUAGCUGACUUGGUACAGUGGCUAUGUGCGGCGGAACAAAUCUUACGGAAUGCAGUAGAGAUUAGUGCAGAUGACUCUCACCUGUCGUUAUCUAAUAUCAAUAAAUCGAUCAGUCGAUAUGAGAUUCAUUUCUCCGACUUUCCAUUGCGAUUGAAACAAUUCCAAUGUUUAUACCUUAGUCGACGAGUAGAUGAACUUGAGAUUAACAGUGAGGUGCUGGAACCGUUAAACAUUCGAUUCGAUACACUUGUGGUCGAUGCGCCACGUCAUUUGCAGUAUUUGCAUCGAUUGCAAGCGCGUUACCAGCUUCUCUCUAGUGUAGAAGCUCUAAAUCAAAAAAUGGAAUGCUGGAAAUCCAGUGAUUCUGCUGCUGCAGUUCAAAAAUCCAUCAAAGAAUAUAAGAUUGAAGCUGAUAGCGUUCCAGCAAAAAGAUUCGAAGGGCUUCUAACGCAUUUACGAGUAAUUUAUAAUGAAGCUUCCGAAGAAGAUUUUGAUUCCAUAAUUAAGGAAUGUCACGAUGUAUCAGCGGAAGCCGUGAAAAAAUUCAAACAGAUGCUAUCAAAUCUAGAUGAACUCGCCAUAUUUUGGGAAGGAUUUGAAAACUUCGCAGCAAAGAUUGAAGAGCGAAUUGCACGCUCGGAACGUGAUAGACAUUUUGUCAUUGAUAAAACUGACAAGGAAUUGUUGCGUUGCUGCGAAAAAGCUUUUGAUGGUAUUGCGAGUAUUGCUAGUCAUCGAGCGCAGACGGUUGCCAAGGAUCGUCUUUCCGAUUUGCGUAAACGUCUGGAUGAUCGGGAGAAAAAGCAAACUUCUAUUUUGGAAGAAGCUUCACCAGCAAAACUAAUGAAGAUGGCAUUACCGGUUGAGGAAAGUUUAACAGCAACAACUGCAAGUGGACAAGACCCAGAACUUGUUCGUCUUCAAAAAUGGCUCUUUACCGCACGGAAGUUGCUGUCACACGUCAUUACUGAUGUAAAUAGUUUGGAAAAAACAAUGAAUGAAAUGAUGAAUUGCCAGCGAGAAUUGCAAUCAGUGGAAAGAGAACGACUUGUGUUGCUGAAAAUACGCAACGUAAACAGCGAACAGGCUGAUGAAUAUCGCAAGUUACGUUCCGACUUGCUAGUUAGAAUGCAGCAGAUAAAAAGUGUUCGACCUCUAUUUCUAUCAUUUUACAAACAUUACGACAAUUUUUCAUCCUGGCUCAAUGCAGAAGGUAAUCACUAUCAAGAAGACGAGAAGAAAUCUGAAAUUAUUAAUCACUUGGUAUUUUUGUUGGAGACUUUUUCUCGAAAUGAAUACAGUUCUUGGAUUAAUUGCGAUAGUAUGCGAUGUAAACUUGAUGAAUUGAAGCAUCGAAUAGAGACUGCGCUGGUUGCAAAGUUGUUGAGAGACAAGCGCAAGCUUUUGACAAAUAUUGUGGAAAAGUGGAGGGAUGUAAGUGCUUGGUGUGAUGCUAUCGCGGAGAUCGACAAUCGUUUGGAAAUUUUUUCGGAAGAUGUGUAUGAUGAGGAAUGCAAACAUCAGCGAGUUCAGUUGGAAGGGAUUUGGCAACAGAAGAUACAUAUCAUCAAGAAGUUACAGAGUAUCUAUCACGAGGCAGAACUUUUACGAUGUAGGCUGACCAAAGUUGUACGCUUUCGUGACUUACUGCACUUGACCGUAGAAGUAGGAAAGCUUCGAGAUCGGUGCAUGCAGACUGCUGACAUAGGUCUCGCAAGCAUCCGUGACGAUUGUUUAGAAAAUAUCGCUAAAAAUUUGGAAACUCCCAUCGCGGAGGCUUUUUCAUGGGAAGAGAAGCGAAUCCGUGAGCUCUCUAUGGUCCACGAAUCUGAUGUAAAGCUGGCUCUUGAAACUCUCUGCCAGAUAUUUACGUUAAAUAUUGCCAUGUUUUCAUUGCAUAUGAUGCAGAUGUGA